AUCGCACGCGCGCUCUCCCACCCACCUCCGUGCAGCGUUCAGAGAAAGCCGAGAGAGAGAGAGCGCGCAGACUGAGAGCGUCGAGAGAAGACGAGAGACGGCACGAGAGAGAGAGACACGACACACAGAGAGACACGACACACAGAGAGACACGACAGAGACACGAUAGACGAGACAGCACGAGAGAGAAAAAACACGACAGAGACGACAGGGUCAGGACGGAGAGACGCUGAGAUCACGGAGGUGGUAGGGGGGGUGACGAACGCAGGCGACAGGCGAGACGCGGAAUAGACCCUGCAGAGACGCAGUCGUAAACACGCGCAGGCGACACAGAGACACGGGAGACAAAGACGCAGAGACGCAGUGACGCACACCCAGAGAGAGAGACACGGGCAGAUCGCAGGGACAAGGCGACACAGAGACGCAGAGACACAGAGACGCAGAGACACAGAGACGCAGAGACACAGAUACACCGAGACACAGAUACACAGAGACACAGAUACACAGAGACACAGAUACACAGAGACACAGAGACACAGAGACACAAAGACGCAGUGACGCACACACCCCGAUACACAGAGACACAGAGACACAGAUACACAGAGACACAGAGACACAGAGACACAAAGACGCAGUGACGCACACACCCCGAUACACAGAGACACAGAGACACAGAGACACAAAGACGCAGUGACGCACACACCCCGAUACACAGAUACACAGAGACACAGAUACACAAAGACACAGAGACGCAGUGACGCACAGAGAGAGAGAGACACGGGCAGACCGCAGGGACAAGGCGACACAGAGACACAGAGACGCAGAUACACAGAGACGCAGAGACGGACCAUUGAAGAGCCGCACACACAGACGGCGUUGACGUGCGUACACGCGUGGAGACGAGAAGAGACGGGGUUAGACCCGUAGACUCACCCAGCAGAGACCCAUAGACUCACACAGAGACCCAUAGACUCACCCAGCAGAGACCCAUAGACUCACACAGAGACCCAUAGACUCACACAGCAGAGACGCAUACACUCACAGAGACCCAUACACUCACACAGACCCAUAUACUCACACAGAGACCCAUAGACUCACACAGCAGAGACGCAUACACUCACAGAGACCCAUACACUCACACAGACCCAUAGACUCACACAGAGACCCAUACACUCACACAGAGUCGCAUCGACUCACAUAGAGACCCAUAGACUCACACAGAGACCCAUAGACUCACACAGAGACCCAUAGACUCGCAUAGAGACCUAUACACUCAAAUCUAGAUCCAUAGACUCAUACAGAGACCCAUAGACUCACACAGAGACCCAUAGACUCAUACAGAGACCCAUAGACUCACACAGACCCAUCGACUCACAUAGAGACCCAUCGACUCACAUAGAGACCCAUAGACUCACACAGAGACCCAUCGACUCACAUAGAGACCCAUCGACUCACAUAGAGACGCAUAGACUCACAGAGACCCAUAGACUCACACAGACCCAUAGACUCACAGAGACCCAUCGACUCACAUAGAUACCCACAGACUCACACAGAGGAUCCAUAGUCAAGGGCACGCGGACCAGGGAAGCCAUCCCAGAUUGGUCUCCAUCUCUGUUUAGAAAUGGGAUCAAAUCCUCCUCCUCCUCCUCGUCAUCGUCGUCGUCGUCCUCACCCUGGGGUCUCCCUCGUGAUCCUUGUCGUCGUCUGCGCGGCGUUUCUCGGAGGCGGCGUUGAGGGCCGAGCGGUGGUGCGGGUCACGUCCCAGGCCCUCACGGCGGCCGUCGGCUCCUCGGUGCUGCUCAACGUCUCCUUCUCGCUGCAGCGGCCCAGCGGGGUGGGCCCCCCCCCCGGGUCAGGCGACCCCCACGCCGAGGUGGACGUCGAGUGGGUGUUCCGCAGCGGCGGCGGCGGGGAAGUGCGCGUGGCGCAACGCAAGCAGGGCAUCACCAACCUGCGCACGUACGACGGCCGCGCGCAGCUUUACCCGCUGAACGGCAGCCUGGUGCUCAACUCGCUCACCAAGAAGGACGGCGGCAUCUACACGGUGCACGUGACCGACACGGCAGACGGCGGCAAGGACCGCAAGCAGAUCCAAGUCACCGUGCUCAACCCCGUGUGGGGGGUCUCGCUCUCCCCGUCGCCUAACCCGGCGUCGAGCGGGACCUGGGCGGAGGGCCAGAACGUGAGCCUCUCCUGCUCGGUGUCGUCGGGCGACGAGGUGUCGCUGGCGUGGAGCCGCGGCGGGGAGCCCGCGCUGCUGCCGCGGCGCCACCUGCGCUUCGCCGACAACAACGCCACGCUCGCCAUCGACGGCCUGCGGGCCGACGACGCCGCCACCUACUCGUGCGUCGCCUCCAACCGCGUGAGCCGCCAGGAGGCGCCGUUUGUAGUCACGGUUGAGGGAAACGGCGCCGCGAGGCUGGGACGCGGAACGCCGUGGAGCGCUGGCGUCAUCCCCCUCUUCAUCCUCAGCUGUCUGCUGAUCGUUGCCUAAGUGGCAGCCCAACACCCAUCAGCACCAUCAGCACCAUCAGCAGCAUCAGCACCCUCGGAGCAGGAAUAAGAAGAAGAGGAGCGAGCGAACGAGUGGAGGAGGAGGAUGAAGAUGAGGAGGGACGAGGAAGAAGAUCCCAACAUAUUUAAAAGAAGAAGAACACGUUAUUCAAUCCACGUGCGCCACAGCCUCCUCAUCCUCCCUCCCCCUCCCUCCCUCCCUCCUCCCUCCUCCUCCUCCUCCUCGCCCUUCACUCGGCAUCCUUCAGCUGUCGAUGUCCGUGAUUGACCGUCGUCGCUUUCUCGCCGCGCUGUUUCGUCUCCGUACGCGAUGCUGCCGCGUCGUUUUCGUCUCCCCGCUCCUUUCUUUCGCGAACGUCGCGCAAUUUUUUUUUCUGGUCUCACGCGGUCGUUUCACUUCUCCCUCACCUUGCCCUCCCUUCCUUCCUCCCUCCCCCCUCUCCCUCUCUCUCAACGAUUUGCCACAACUGUGAGCCGCGUGUUAUCAUCCCUGACACGAGCGCGUGGCUGAGCCCCGAUUGGAAUCGCGGUGGAGGCCCUGGGGCGCGGUAGCUUGAGUCGAGAGCAUACCACGCGCCACGUGUUGUGUUGUGCGUUGUGCGCGUCCGACUUCUCGCGCGCCGCACGUAGCCAACCGCGCCGAAUCACUGAAACUAAAACGCCGCUAUUGCACGGUUAACCCCGGGGUGACCCCCCCCCACACACAUUUAGGAGCCUUUGCGAACGCAAAUGUAGACGUCUAGGAAGAGCUUCGUGUAUCGGUCAGGGCGCAAGGCUGGCGCGCUGCGAUCCGGACUCGGUAGGCGACGGAGCGAGCCACCCCCCCGCGUAGCUAACAGGGGGGUAACGGCGGCCCCGCUUGGUUUGUGCACGAACCGUCGGCCGCACGAACGCGCAGUGCGUACAUGUCAAGCGGCGCGAGCAACAACAACAAACAACAACAACAAACUCUCCGACGUUCAGAUGUGCCGUGGGGAGCAGAGCGAGCCUCAAUGCGCUGGAUAAAUCUGUUUGCAGGACCCAACAGGCCAAAAAGGGGCAUCGCUUGGUCCGCGUGCGCCCUGGUUCUGACGGACAGCGCGCGCGAACAACGCCAAGCGGUUUGUGGAGGGGAUGGAGCAGAGGUCGCAACCAGGUACCCGAUACCUGUACCCUACCCGAUACCCGGCUACCCGUACCCAGUCGGGUACGGGUAGUCGUUUGUGACCCUGGUGCGGUCGGGUACGGGUACGGGUAGGCCGUGAGUCACUGGUGAGUAGCCGUUUGUCACUCAUUUCGGGUAGGGUACGGAUAGGGAACGGGUCGCCGUUUGUGACCCUGGUGCGGUCGGGUACGGGUAAGGAAUCAAAACCCGUUUGCGACCUCUGGGGAGGAGGCGCCGCUCAUCCGCCUCGUGAUAUUCUGCCCCAAGCGGCGACUCCGUCUGCGCUGCGUUGCGUUGCCCUCCAGGGUCGCGACGGCGUCGCUUUGUCAGGGCGUUGACUCCGACAGUCACGUGGCCGAAAUGUUCAACACGACGAAAUCGCACGUGGCCGAAAUUAUCUUCGAAACGUCACGAUUUUAAAAUAGAAAUUUAUUUUAAUUUUAAUAUUUUUAUUUUUAAAACCCCCCACUUGAAGAGCUCAAGUUGAAAUCACCAACGGUGGUGUUUGGCUCCUCCCGUGGUGAUUUCAAGGUGGUGUUUGACUCCAAGGUGGUGUUUGACUCCAAGGUGGUGUUUGGCUCCAUCCUUGGUGAUUUCAACUUGAGCUCAGAGCUGGUGUUUUGCACCAACCUUCAAAUCAUCGCGGUGGAACCAAACACCAGCUUGGUGAUUUGAAAAGAGCUCAAAUUCAAAUCGCCAUGGCGUGGUGUUUGGCACUUGGUGGAAGAUUCGAGGAGGUAGGAACUGAACAGACAGAGAGAGCCCCCCCCCCCCCCCACUUCAACCCAAACCAUCCCUGCGCAAACGUGGCCUGAGCGGAGGCGACUCCCGUGCCGCGUUCGAUCGACCCAACGGACCUGCGGGCGACGAGAAAUAUCCGAACCGGUCCCGGGCCUCCCCCUCGAAGGAACGACCCGGAGCCCUCGAUGAGCAAGCUGGUGCGGCCGCACGGCGUGGUGCCGACCACCCCCCCCCCCCCCCACACAACCGGUGCCGGAUUAAACUCGUGCGGGGCCUGUAGGAUUAUGUUAUAAAGGGGCCCUGAAUAAAAUUUAAAAAGCACGCGAAUAUUAAAACGCAAACAUUGUUAACCUGCGUAGUAAAGUCAUUGUAUUGUUUUUUAUUUGCUACGCAGCCAGAUAAUACGACAAAUCGCUCACCUUAAACGCCCAGUCGUUCAUUAAAAUUGAAGGCGGUAUAGUACUAUAGUGAUAGAGCAAGUGCAAAUUCACUGAACCGGAAUUGAUAGCUUGAAAGCAUUUAGCGCGGGGCCCUUGAAAGUGCGGGGCCCGUAGCUACUACACGUGUAGUAACUACCACGUGUAGCUACUACAUGUAUGUAGCUACUACAUGUGUAGUAGCUAGUAGUAGCUACUACAUAUGUAGCUAGCACAUGUGUAGCUGCUACACAUGUAGCUACUACACGUGUAGUAACUACCACAUGUGUAGCUACUACAUGUGUAGUUACUACACGUGUAGCUACUACACAGGUAGCUACUACACGUGUAGCUACUACAUGUGUGGUAGCUACUACACGUGUAGCUACUACACAAGAAGCUACUACACAUGUAGCUACUACACAUGUGUAGCUACUACACACGUGUAGUAGCUACUUGUGCUACGAGUGUAAUCCGGCACUGCCCACAACGCCGUCGUGCGCCGUGACAGCACUCGCCCCAACAGCCCCACGUGGGCUCCAGGCAGGAGUGGGGGGCGACCCCCAUGGCGUAAGGAGAAGGGGGGGGGGCCCGGAUCUCGGAGGUAGCCGCCGCCUUUAUUUAUUUAUUUAUCAACCCCCCAACCCCGGCCAGCGCUCCGUCGUCGUCGUUCGGGCACGGCGAUGUCCGACGUUUCGCUGCCGCGUUCCUGGGAGAUUCUUCCCGGAGCCGAAUCGUUGGCGGGCAAAGAGGUGGGCCAGGUCUGCGGCCUCCGGCUGUUGGACCACUUCACCGUCGAGUCCGGCUCUGGUAGUGGACACGGGGAGACGCGGACUCGACACUUUUGACGGGAGCCACGUGCUCGAAGGCCACGUGAUAGCACAGGACGCGCAUUGAACACAUUUUCCGACUUGACCGACAAUUAUCGGAACGUUUUCAACGGGACAAUAGACUCACACAGAACCCACACACACACACUCACGCUUACACAGAGAUCCGUAGACAUACAUAGAAAACAUUUCGUAAUGCAUGACCCACAGACUUACAUAGGUACUAUAGAAUAACAUUGUGCCCAUAUUCUUACAGGGGACCCCAUAGACAUACAUAGAGAGUAUGGAAUAGCAUUGUAUCCAUGGACUUACAGAGACCCAUAGACACACAAAAAUACUAUACAAUAGCAUUGUACCCGUACAUUAAUAUACACUAAUCGACAUACAAUUGGGGUGAGGUGGGUGGUGGGGGGGAGUCAAUCGACGGAUUGAGACCCAAAGCGACGAUUGGCCGAUCACGCGCCCCCCCCCCCCCCCCAGUCGUACAGACAGGACCGCAGAACGUGGGCAAUUGUUGGGUAGCGUCCGGCUCCUCGUUGCGUGGCUGCUGAUGCUGAUGCCGCCUUCUCGCUCCGCGGAGUUGUCCACCGUCUCUCUCUCUCUCUCCGCACAGCGCUAACACAAUUUAACUUUCGAUUUAAAGCUUUCGUGACUGCAGGGAUUCAUCUUCUUGGUUCUUUCGGUAAAGUCACGGAGAAGGGAAGUAAUAAAAUAAUAAAAAGAAUUGUUUUAUUAUGUUUUAUUUUUAUUAUUUUAUUACUUCCCUUCUACGUGACUUUACCGAAAGAACCAAGAAGACAAUUUAACUUAUUCUACACCGUUAUUUUGUAUCAUUGUAAUACCCGCGGGGUUUCCCGUGCAAAGGGCGGGUCACGGCGGUCCGUAUUCAGACCGACCACACACUCACCAAAGCAAACAUCACUGCUUCUCGUCUUAUUUAAUUUUGCAACGCAACGCAAAAUUACCAAUCAGCAAAACAAGCAGAGAGAGAGAGCGGUCAAACUUACUGGGAACCCACAUCACAGGGGCCCCCCCCCACCAUGCAC